AUGUUGGACCGAUUACCAGUAGAAAUAGUCGAACGCAUUGUCACAAAGAUCCCGGAUACUGACCUUAUUGCAGCAAGUAAAGUAGAUAGUGUGUGGUGGCAGGAGGUUCGUCAAGAAGCAUAUAAAAGAUGGAAAAAUUACGCUACUACAAUUGGGCAUGUCCAAGCUCUUGGAAAGCCGUUUGAAAAAGGGAAUAUUGACUGGAUAACAUUUGAAGAUGAAUGGGAUGGUCGUGGACCCCAAAAGAGGGAAACCAUAGAGUAUGCAUUAAGUGAACAAAGAUGGGAAGGCGAUCCUUGGGGACUGGGAGUGAAAUGA